GUCCGCCAGCGGGGGCAGGUUUGCAUUACAAGCGUUUGCACUCCGCGGCUGGCGGGCGGCUGCAGCUGGAGCCCCAGUGACUGGAGUUGGACUUGCCGGGAGUUUCCCCCCUCAGCCCUCCCAGCUGCGCGCGCGGGAGAAGGAACCGGAGCUGGGGAGCCAGCCCGGGCCCGAUCGAGCCUUCCUCGCUGGAGCCUGGCACCCCGCGUGGGGUAAGCCCCACGGACAGAGGCGGCUAGAGCCGGGGCGCGUGCCGCGCACUGGUACCUCCGGGAGCACGAGCCGCGUGGCGAGAGAAAUUACUGAGUGUCCUCCAUCUUUGAUCUACAAUGAGUGCCAAAUCUGCAAUCAGCAAAGAAAUUUUUGCACCUCUUGAUGAGCGGAUGCUGGGAGCUGUCCAAGUCAAGCGGAGGACGAAGAAAAAGAUUCCUUUCCUAGCAACUGGGGGUCAAGGCGAAUAUUUAACCUACAUCUGCCUGUCAGUGACAAACAAAAAGCCCACACAGGCAUCUAUCACAAAGGUCAAACAAUUUGAAGGCUCCACAUCUUUUGUACGGAGGUCUCAGUGGAUGCUUGACCAGCUUCGCCAGGUUAAUGGUAUCGAUCCUAACCGGGAUUCUGCAGAAUUUGAUUUGCUAUUUGAAAAUGCUUUUGACCAGUGGGUGGCUAGCACAGCUUCGGAAAAAUGCACCUUUUUCCAGAUUCUCCAUCACACUUGUCAGCGGUACCUCACAGACAAGAAACCAGAAUUUAUCAAUUGUCAGUCCAAGAUUAUGGGAGGAAACAGCAUACUUCAUUCAGCAGCAGACAGUGUAACGAGUGCCGUGCAGAAGGCCAGCCAGGCCUUGAAUGAGCGUGGGGAAAGGUUAGGUCGAGCAGAAGAAAAGACAGAAGACAUGAAGAACAGUGCCCAGCAGUUUGCCGAAACUGCCCACAAGCUUGCCAUGAAGCAUAAGUGCUGAAGUACUUACUGCCUAUCCUGAUGACCCUCCCAAGAGAAAUGGAAAAGAUUGGUUCAGCAGUUUUUACAAGAAUUCCAAAAUUCCACUUGCUUCUUGUUGCCAAUUCAUUGGAAAUUGGUUUGUGUUCUUUUCAGACAUCAGUACUGGGGGGGAGGGGAAAGAUGUUGUGUUUUUACAUUUCUGUAGUGACCUUAAGAGAUGCUGCACUAUCUUCAAUUUGGAGGUGGGGGGAUUUUUUUUUUGGCAUUUUUCCCCAAAAUGUCUUAGAUGUUUUUAAGUAAGAAAAUAAGAAAAUUGGACCAAAUAACUUGAACAGGGUGAAAACUGGCUAAAUCUGUUUUUUUCCCUGAUAUGAAACAGGAAGACAUUUUAAUUUGGCUACAUCAAAUGUUAUUGUUUCUGUAUGAAAAUAAAAUUCAAAGAGUGAUUAAUUUUUUUCCUCAUUUUUGUAGCUGGUGUUAGCAGAAUCAGAAAGCUAGAAUUCUGUAUCCUGGGACAUUAAAAGUUCUAUUAUGGAAAACAAUUGGAUUUAUCAAGGGAAACAGCCGUCUUAGAUUUUGCUCUUUGCCUAGCUACCUUUUGCAUGAGCCAUCACCAGCAUUCCAAAAAGCAACAGAGUUGCAGAUAAGAUUCUGCUUUCUCUGUUGCAGGUUCAAUGUUUCUGCUACUUACUUCCAGAAUGAUCUUUUUUUUUUACUUUACUGUGAAAAAUAAAAAUGUGAAGUUAAAGUCUUAAGAAAAAAUUUCAUUUAUAAUUGAGUAGUUUCCCUGUACUAGGUACAGGGAGAGUAGUUAUGACACAUGAUUCCUUUGCCUGCCAGUAGCUGCUGGGGAAGAUUGGGUUGAGUAGGGAUAGGAACUUUCAAUAUGGGAACUCCCUUACUAACCCAUCUGUGACUUAGUGGAUAAGAAAUAGGAAGUUGCCUGAAGCAAAGGGAUUAAAUGACUUGCCCAGAGUUCCUCAAUAAAGGUCAGAGGGAAGAGAUUUGAAGCUAAGUUCUUCCUCACUCCCAAGUCCAGUCCUUCAUCCUCUGCCCCAUUACAAUCUAGUGGAAAGAGUAGAACAAACGUAUGAAUUAGCACAGACGUGGCACUGUGUGGGAAGCCAUAAGAGUGAUAGAACCAAAGUACCAUUUCUGAGGUGAGAGAGACCACUUCUGUUUGAGGUGACAAGAAAAGACUGGGAAAUGGAAGGUACCAGUUUGCCACCUCUUCACCUUCUGAAGAAAUCCUUAGCAGUUAGGUAAUUUCUAAAGUGUUGGUAAGAGGGCUUUUAGCAUCUUUCUAGGUGAAAGCUUUUAGGUUACAGCAAGCCUGUUCCUCAGAAGUCAGGUCUCAAGCAUUUAGUGAAGAGCAUUUGUUAUGGUGUGGGCCUGAUGGUAUCUGUCCCAUACCUAAGGGGCAGCAUUUUCCUACUUCCUUAGACGGAAACUUGGGCUACAUGUGCCACAGAGGACUAGGUCUCUAAGUACUGCAAGAAGCCUUCAAACAAAGGCCAGAGACCACAUGGUGGUACUAGUGUAGAGGGGAAAUCUCGCUAAAGUAUGGAUUUGAGUGGAUGGCUUCUGAGGUCCCUCCCAGUUCUUACAUGCUGUGAUUCUGAGUUGCAAUAAUGUAAGAGUUAGUGACUAUUCCCCUCCCCCAUUUGUUGUCAUUAUCCCCUCUUUGGUUUGGUUUUGCCCUGGACCUCCUGGUUUCGUUAGUACAAAGAGUUUGUAGCACAAAAACCCCAUCAGCUGAUGCAAAGGACCACCUGUUCCAGUCUUAGACAAUUGCCUGAGACAUAAGAGGUUAAAUGACUAGUCCAGGGUCAUGUAGCCAGUAUGUGUCACAGGCAGAACUUGAGCCCUGGUCUUUCCAGUUUCUGAACUUGGCCUUCUAUCCACCAUGCCAGGCUGCCUCUCAAAUGUGGUUGUGUUUCUAAGAAAGGGCUUGAUUUUGAUCAAGCAUCAGCUGGUCCUGGGGCAGCUAGGAGGUGCAGUGGAUAGAGCAUCAGCCCUGGAGUAAGGAGGACCUGAGUUCAAAUCCUACCUCAAAUACUUAUUGGCUGUGUGACCCUGGGCAAGUUACUUAACCCCAUUUGCCUCAAAAAAAAAUCAACUUCUCCAGAUAAAAAUCUGUACAAAUAAGAAGAAAAAAAUGUUACAUUUAUAUCCUUUUCACUCUUUCUAUUUUAGAGAGAUUAUCAUAGUGUCCUUGGGCGUUCUUAAUGUCACAUUCAUGCUGAUUUUAUCUUUACUUUUUUGAUAUUUAUUUCACGUAAUUUAAAUCAUAGGGAUUUUGCCAAACCACUUCUCAUGACCAUUCCAACCUUCCCUAGAAUGGUAUCAGGCCAUGUAGGCAUGAUGCCUUCCCUACCACUUUAAGAUUAGAAUGAAUUUUAUUCACACUCCUCCUUAAAACUUAAACUUUGGAAAUGGUAGAGAUUUUUUUUUCCACUAAGAGUUAAAAUGCUAAGUACAGGAAUGAUGAUUGCUCUUCUCCAUGAGAAUAUGUUGCCCAGCAUAUCCCAGGCUUGUUUGCCUUCCCAGGCUCUCAUUGCAAUGCAUUGAUUUUUAAAAUGCUUGAUGCCUCUAAACCCCAUUCCUGCCUCCUUCCCAUUGAACCCAGGGUUUCUAUAGUCCAAGGUUUUUUGGUCUGGAAUGCAAGUAACCUUUCGUGUUGCAGAAUAAGAAGACACUGCAUUAUUAAUGUCCAUUUAAACAGCUGACGUGUCCUGAUAAAGCAGUGCCAGCGACACAGUAAAUUGUAGUUAUUGGAAAAGAGAUCUCUUUGGCAAUGCUGGCAUGUCAGAAAGGAGACAGAAUGUAUUUGAGAUGAAUUUUUCAGUCCUCUUAGGGAGACACCCCAGUUAAAGACAUCUCCCUAUAAAAGAUAGUAAGCUAUUUUUACAGCAUUUUGUAUUAUUUUCCUUUGUGGACCUGAGAACUUAAAGAAGUGAGUAACCUGACAUCUAGCAAGCAAAGUUGAAAGCCUUUAAAGUUGCUGGACAUGGAUGCCACAUAUUAAAGCAGGUAGUUUUGCAGACCUCACUAUAUAAGCUAUUACCAGAGUUAUUAGGCAUCUUGAAAAAUAGUUCUCCCCUCGUAUUUUAUCUCUGGCUGUUCAGCUUUGUCAGGAAAGGAGACAAUAGAUCUCUCUGCUUACCAGGUUUUUUUAAUCAUAUACUUUCUAGGAAAAUACUUUUGAAACAAAACCAAUGAGGACAGAAAGGGAGGGGGGAGGAAGGGGGGAGAAAGAGAGAGAGAAGGGAAGAGAGAGACAGAGACAGAGACAGAGACUCAACCUAUGACAACCUUCCCAGUCAUUCAUUCUGCAAGAUUCAUUAAGUGCCUACUAUGUGUCAGGCACUGUCCUAGGUACUGGAGAUAAACUAAAUGGUUUUUAGGGUCAUUAAAUGUGGGCCUGGGGGAGGGGGAAUAUGCAAUUAUAUACACAUAUAUGUGUGUCCAUGUAUAUGUGUUUGCAAAUUGGAUUCUGGCCCCCUAAUAGCCACUCAGCUAGCACAUGAAAUUGAAGGCAAAAAAAGGCAGAUGUAAAAACAGAGGUCAACCAAACUUUAGGGGAAUCUGUUGCUAAAAGUCAGACAACAGUAUUAUUUGGUGAAGCCACCUCAGAAAGACUCAAGAUGAUAUGGUUAUAUAACACAUUGUGAGAUUCCUUCCAGGUCAAAGAAGGAAUAGUUAGUCUUCCUAAAUGAAAGUCUAAAAUGCCUUCCCUCCAUUCCCCUUAAUGUCUGUUAAUAGUUUUCAACGAGGAUUCCCUGUUGAAAGUGGUUUUGUUUAAAAGAAUGCCCAGCCCAACCCUUUUCUGGCUUCUAACACCAAUUUGCUUAAUGACGUAAUGUGCCCCUGUCUUACAUGUUGCCACUCCUAUUAGGAUAGCUAUCCCCUCUCUAUUUCCCAGGGCUGUUAUGAAGAAUCACAUGAGAAUGUGUGAAAUCCUUUGAGCUCUUCUAGAGGUGUUUCAGUACAAAGCAUUCAUGUAUUACUCAUGGCCCAAGGCCAAGAGCUUAAAAAGACUUGAAUGUUUUGGGACCAAUUCCAUUCAGUGAGCUAAAGAGAAGAUUUUUAACUUGUAUUUGUUCUGUUCCUGCUACUCUAUACAUUUAUGGAUGUCGUAUUUCUGAUGAAACUCUUAAACUGUACCAACAACCAACCAUCCUAAAGAGAAACUUCUAGUGUGAUAGCUUCUUCCUGGAACUUAGCUGUAGCCUCUUUCACUAGUAUUAUUAGAUAUUUGUGUACAGAAAGUAUGCAGUUAUUCAGGUUAAUGUUUCAUAUUAAAGAAUGUAUUUGUAAAAUGUAACAAGAUCAGUAGUUCACUUUUUUUAAGCUCUGCAAAGAAUAAAAAAGAUUAUGUGUUAGAUUUUAAAACUACAGUGAAAUCUGUCUUAACACUACUUUUGUGACUUGCAAAGGUCACGCUUUCAUGUGAAAUUACUAGCAGAAUGUCCUAAACAAGUAAUCUUAAAGGUAGGUUUUGCUUUAAUUUGCCAAACUGUAACAUUGCCAAUAUCUGUUGUAUAGUAACUAAUUCCUCAAGAAAUUCUCCAAGACAUCAAACAUAAUUUUGUUUUCUUUAGAGACAAGCUCAACUUGAUCUGUGGAUUCAUCAUUGCAAAUACCAAUUUUGUCAUUAAAUAUUUUAAUUCUGUGAUGCAAA